AUACUGAUAUACCCAUGUAUAUAUACACACCAACAAAUUUUAUACAACACACAUUCCAUAUCAUCAUCAUCAGCUGAUAUCAAGGGUCUCUCUCUCUCUCUCUGAAAGGAAACCUGACGACCAGAGAAAGAUUGAAGUUAGAAAUGGAGGUGGACUUGUGGGCUUCAAGGGUUCAAUCAGCUAAGCACCUCUCUGCUCUCCAAGCUGCCCGUCUGAACCACCACUCAGAUAAUCAUUUGAACAUGGAUGGUUCAGAAGGGGAGGACGACUCGAGAGCUUACUUUCCGUGUCCUUUUUGUUAUGUGGAGAUUGAACUUCACGCUCUGUGCAGUCAUUUGCAGGAAGAGCACUGCUUUGACUUAAAAAAUGCGGUUUGUCCUUUAUGUGCUGCAAAUCUAGGGAAAGACCCAAUUGGGCAUUUUACGGUGCAGCAUUCUCAUUCAGUGAAGAGGCGGAAAAAGACUCAAAAGCCGGGCUUUUGGAGUAAUAGUUCCACAAUGCUGGGAAAGGACUUCCGAGAACUAAGUUCAUUUCUUGGUUCAAGUUCAAUAAGUGGGAGAGAAAAUGUGCAUGACUCUGCUCCUGAUCCGCUCCUUUCAACGUUUAUAUGUCAUGUACCAUUUGCAGAUCCUAAAUGUAACCAAGAAGAUGGAUGUGCUAGUUCUACUGCUGCCUCAACCACUUCUGAUGUGCCAAGCACUGUGGCAGUUAAGCCGGAUGAGUUUCGAGAAGAGGAAUAUGAAGAGAAAAUGCAGAGAGCCGAAUUCUUUCAACAGUUGGUCCUCUCAACCAUUUUCUAGGAGCUGAACCACAACUUUCUGGAUUUAGAGGUUGGUUGCUAACUCAGAAGAUGAGACUUUUGCCCUGAUGGAUUAUUAGCUAGUACUUUCUGCAAAAGAACUCCAGAAAGUAUCCUUGUUGAGUACUAGUAGCGGCCAAGUAUAGGCUAUAUGCAUAUCUGCCAUUCUUCCACUAUAUGCCUGUUCGUUGCCACGGAUAGCCACUAUGUAUAUCUGUGAUCAGCCAAUUUGUCUGCAGAUUGGGUUGUGUAUCUAAUAUAUGUAUUUAUCUUGAAGGAACUGUAACGAACCUUUUAAAGUAAUUAGUAUUGGAUUAUGGCAGUUAAAA